ACCAAUUUGGUUCUUUAUAUUAAACAUCUCACUCCAAUACAAAUAAUAUUUGCGUUUUCAUAACAAACUGUACUUGCUUCUUCCGAUUUUUGGGAUUCAUACCUUUACUUGUCAAUAGUCCUUAAUCCUUAUGAGUAAAAGCAUGUCUACCAAGACAAGAAGUGCUGAGCAGGAUGUGGAAGGAACAAGGAAGAAGAAGAGUGUAAUAGUUGGACCAUGGGGAGGUAAUGGUGGGACUAGUUGGGAUGAUGGAACCUUUACAGGGAUAAGAGAAAUCACACUAGUUUAUGAUCGUUGCAUUGACUCAAUCCGUGUGGUUUAUGAUAAGAAUGGUAAACCUUUCACAGCUGAUAAACAUGGAGGAGUUGGAGGCAACAAAACAGCUGAGAUUAAGCUACAAUACCCAAAUGAGUAUCUAAUAAGUGUGAGUGGCCACUAUUAUCCGGUUGUUCGUGGUGGCACCCCGGUUAUUCGGUCAUUGACAUUCAAGAGCAACCAGAGAACCUUUGGACCAUAUGGAGUUGAAGAAGGGACACCAUUCACUUUCUCAAUAGAUGGAGGCCAGGUUGUGGGUUUUAAGGGACGAGGUGAUUGGUAUUUGGACUCAAUUGCCUUCACUUUGUCAAGUGCACCCACAAAAUCUCUGCUUCAGAAGGUGCAGAGAGGCUUGUAUAGGCUCACAAGCAUUGCUCCAAAAUCUUCUUCCACUAGGGCUGCUUAGAAGACUAUAUAUGGGAAUUUAAGCCUCUUGCCUCAGUCUUGAGUAAUUUGGUUCAUGCUAUAUUGUUUGCCUUUUUUACUUUUGUUGCUUAUAUUUCUUUGAAGCUUAUGAUACUAUGAAAAUCAUUUGUGAAACUUACUUAAAGAUGCGUGUAAUGUUUUAAUGGCGGUGAACCCAGUACACUUUGAACACCUUAACGUAUAUAUAUCCAUAUUAGCGAGA